AUGUUUUUGUUUUCUCAGUCCUUGGUGUUUAUUCUCGUCAUUAUAGCCACCCCCAUCGAGAUGUACACCUCGUCGGCGGCGCAGGGGUGCUACACGCUGUGGGGCUACGAGGAAAACUGCAACAGGUGGAAGCCAAGGCUGGAGUGGGGCUGCAGAGAGCGGGCCAACACGAUGGGCACCGCAGCCUCCUUCUCCGUGAUCACGCUUCUCCUGUCGCUCAUCAAUAUCGUCUUGGCCGCAAUGACUAUAUACGGCCGUGUGCGCAUCACGCCAACAGCGAACUUUGUCUUCUCAUCCGUCAUUCUCGCUACGCUCACGGCGGGCUGGGCCUGCGUUGUGUACGUACACGAAAACUGGAUGUGCGGCCCUCUGGUUGGAAGCAGGAUUGGGGACGACUAUCACUACGGCGCUGGUUUUGGUCUCUUGACUGUCGCGUGGAUCACGCAGAUAUUCACGGUUUUUCUGUCAGUAUUCAGAAUGUUCUUAUAG